GUGCUGGAGCAAGAUGUGGUUCUCCAGUCUAUUGACCGUGCCAUUGAGGCUGUGCACAAUGCGGCCAUGAAGAAUGGAGGGAAGUACAACCUGGAGCAGAGGGAUGUCCUCCAAAAGCUGAUCCAUCACCGGAAGGAGACGGUGUCCCGCAAAGGUCACUCCCCCAGCCCGCAGGGGAUGGUCAUGACACAGUCCUCCAGCGACCACCACCUGGAUGUGGCGCGGCAGCCCAACGGCGUGUGCCGGACCGGGUACGAGCGGCACCACAGCCUGCCCAACACCGAGGUGGAGGAGGACGAUGAGGGUCUCUAUCAGAUCCCGCCGCAGGCCCGGCGCACUGCUCCCGUCACCCCCCCGCCUCCGGAGAAGCGCAGGAGUGCGCAGGCUCACCCUGGAAAGAAUGCUGUUGAAAUUAUCUCUGGGUCAGCUUCGAGUGCCUCCUCCAUGAGCACCAUGUCCCUGGAUACCUUGUACACCGCUUCUUCUGUGUCAGAGACCGCGCUGCCCACGGCCGCCUCCAGCCCUGCCAACACCCCGCCGCCCGUGCCCAGCCGCAGUGUCCACACCACCACCCGCACCCGGGACCCCGGCUCGGUGCCCCCCUCCCGCCACGGGACCUCCACCAAGGACGGCACCAGCAAAUCCCCCCAGUCCAAGAGGGCUGCCCCGGCACCGCCGGCUGAGGGGGGGUCCCACAGGUCCCACGCUGUGGAUGGGGAGAAGGCUGCUCAGGUGAAGAAAGCUGCCACGGCCCCCGCUGCGGGCCUGGAUGCCUUCAGCACCCUCUGCUUGGAGGAUAAGAAGGCUGUGGAGCCGGUGGCACCGGAGCCUGGUGCUCUGGCGGUGUCUGUGCCCAAGACGAUAGGUGCUGAACUGAUCGAGCUGGUGCGCAGGAACACGCACCUGAGCUAUGAGCUGUCCCGCGUGGCCAUCGGCGUGGUCAUCGGCCACACACAGACCUCCAACCUGAGCGCAGGGCUGCCCUCGGGCCAGAUCUGCCACGAUGAGCAGCGCCUGGAGGUGAUCUUUGCAGACCUGGCCAGGCACAAGGACGAUGCUCAGCAGCGCAGCUGGGCGCUCUACGAGGACGAGAACGUCAUCUGCUGCUACCUGGAGGAGCUGCUCCGCAUCCUGACAGAUGCAGACCCAGAAGUGUGCAAGAAAAUGUGCAAGAAGAAUGAGUUUGAGUCCGUCCUGUCCCUUGUGGCCUAUUACCAGAUGGAGCACAGGGUGCCGCUGCGGCUGCUGCUGCUGAAGUGCUUUGGAGCCAUGUGCAACCUGGACGCUGCGGUCAUCUCGACGCUCGUGAACUCCGUGCUGCCCAUGGAGCUGGCCCGGGACAUGCAGACUCACACACAGGAUCAUCAGAAGAUGUGCUACUCUGCACUGGUGCUGGCCAUGAUGUUCUCAAUGGGGGAACCCCUGCCCUAUCAUCACUACGAACAUCUCAACUCUCAGUUUGUGCAGUUCCUGCUGGAUGUGAUUGAGGACGGGCUGCCCUCGGACACCACCGACCAGCUGCCUGACUUAUUUGUCAACGUCCUGCUGGCCUUCAACCUCCACAUUCCAGUUCCAGAACACAGUGUGAUCAUGACUACAAUAGGCAAGCACUUGAAUGUCAAGACCUUCACAGAAAAGCUGCUGCUGCUGCUGAACAGAGGAGAUGAUCCGGUUUGUAUCUUCAAGCAUCAGACUCAGCCCCCGCACUCGGUGCUGAAGUUCCUACAGGACAUCUUUGCCAGCAAGGACACUGCCAGCAUCUUCUACCACACAGACAUGAUGGUGCUGAUCGACAUCCUGGUGCGGCAGAUCGCUGAUCUCUCCCCAGGAGACAAGCUGAGGAUGGAGUAUCUGUCUCUGAUGCACGCCAUCAUCCGCUCCACGGCCUAUCUGCAGCACCAGCACCGCCUCUCCGACCUGCAGGGCAUCCUGCAGCGCAUCCUGGGCGAGGAGGAGGAGGACCAGCAGUGCCAGAUGGACAAACUCAUCAUCCUGGAGAUUUAUAAGGAGUUCCCAGAAAUCUCCCCUGGUACCAGCUAA